ACAAAACUAAACAUCAUCCACCACCAAUCACAUGCGCCCAGAAAUAUAAUUUCCACAUUUCUGCCUCUGUUUUAUCUCACUUGGAAACUGAUCAUUGUUAAGAAGAAAUAAAACCCAGAAAGAAAGGUAAGGCAAGGAGGUUAAGGAGAAAUGGCACAAGCUAUGGCUUCAAUGUCUGGCCUACAUGGUUCAUCCCAGGCUGUGUUGGAAGGCAGCCUUCAUCUAAGCGGCUCAUCACGCUUGAACAUAGCCAGCAGCACCAACAGGCUGGCUGUGACCAAGUCCGGGUUCGCCAUAAGAGCCCAGCAAGCGCCUGCAGAGCCUGAAACUAGCCGUAGAGCCAUGCUUGGUCUUGUGGCCGCUGGUUUGGCCUCUGGUUCUUUUGUCCAAGCUGUGCUUGCAGAGGCUAAGCCCAUCAAAGUCGGUCCACCUCCACCCCCUUCCGGCGGAUUACCUGGAACUUUAAACUCGGAUGAGCCAAGAGACCUUGACCUGCCAUUGAAGGACAGGUUCUUCCUCCAGCCUUUGACCCCAGCUCAGGCUGCACAGAGGGCAAAGGACUCAGCCAAGGAAAUUGUUGCUGUGAAGGAGUACAUAGACAAGAAGGCUUGGCCUUAUGUCCAGAACGAUCUUCGUCUCAGGGCCUCGUAUCUCCGAUAUGACCUCAAGACUGUGAUUUCUGCCAAACCCAAAACAGAGAAGGAGCCACUCAAGGAACUCACUGGAAAGCUCUUCAAAGACAUUGACAAUUUGGACCAUGCAGCAAAGAUCAAGAGCACCCCAGAAGCAGAGAAGUACUAUGCGGCGACUGUUUCUUCCCUGAAUGAUGUUAUUGCAAAGCUUGGCUAAAAAGGGAUUAAUGUAUUUUUUAUGUAAGGCUGUAAGCUUUAUUUGACAGUUUAUGAGACGAAAUUAUGUGGAUGCUAUUUGGAGGAAA